AUGGGGCGCCGGAAGAGCCAGAGAGCAUGCGCGACCGCCCCGCGCAUGCUCAGUAGCGCGCGCGGCGUCCCAGCUCUCCGUCGACGAACCGCGAGUGACGCGGAGGUGUCCGCGGCUGCUGCGGGAGCGACAGGAAGUGAGGCGGCCCCGCCGGGCUACCGCGGCGGCCGUAACCGGGGCGGAAAAGGCGCCGCGGCGACGACGUCGUUGUUAGGGGAAGUCGAGAGAGCAGAACACCCAGGGGACUUGCCCGCUCGGGAGCCGGAUUCCCAGCCGGGCAGGAUGGAUCAUCAUCAGUUGGGGACUGGCCGCUACCAGGUGCUUCAUAAUGAAGAGGAUAAUUCAGAAUCAGCUGCUGUAGAACAGCCGUCCACUUCAAACUUAACACACCAGACUGUGGAGGCCACUCCUUCCUCACCAGUAGUUGAAACUGACUCUUCUCCUCCACCUUAUAGUAGUAUUACUGUAGAAGUACCUACAACUUCAGAUACAGAAGUUUAUAGUGAGUUUUAUCCUGUGCCACCUCCCUACAGUGUUGCUACCUCUCUUCCUACAUAUGAUGAAGCUGAGAAGGCCAAAGCUGCUGCAAUGGCAGCUGCAGCAGCAGAAACAUCUCAGAGAAAUCAGGAGGAAGAGUGUCCACCAAGAGAUGACUUCAGUGAUGCAGACCAGCUUAGAGUGGGUAAUGAUGGCAUUUUUAUGCUGGCGUUUUUCAUGGCAUUUAUUUUCAACUGGCUUGGAUUUUGUUUAUCUUUCUGUAUCACCAAUACCAUCGCUGGAAGGUAUGGUGCUAUCUGUGGAUUUGGCCUUUCAUUGAUCAAAUGGAUCCUUAUUGUUAGGUUUUCUGAUUAUUUUACUGGAUAUUUCAAUGGACAAUAUUGGCUUUGGUGGAUAUUUCUUAUACUUGGCCUGCUCCUCUUCUUCAGAGGAUUUGUUAAUUACCUAAAAGUCAGAAACAUGUCUGAAAGUAUGGCAGCUGCUCACAGAACAAGAUAUUUCUUCUUACUAUAGAGACUGCAUCAACCCAACAUUCCUUUCUUAUACCAAUGUGAAAUUUCCAAAUCAUCUGUAAACCUGCAACUUAAUAGGAUAGAAGACUGCUAAAAACAGAAGAAAAAUUAGUGAACAAAAGAUGCAACUUCAAAAUUGAAUGGCAGGGUGGUUUAUGCUUAAAAGCCAUUUCUGUUCAGUCCUUUGUUAUUUAUAUUUCAUUUGUUUUAUUCAUUUGCAUAUGUGCCUACUUAGAUUUGCGUAUACUUGAAAGAAACCAUAAAGUUGUAGCUGGAAAGUCCAGUCAUAUUUGGUUAAUCAGUGCUUGAUAUAAUUGAAAGAGUUGAGUGAUAAGGUCUUCUAGCAUGCACAUGCCAUUGGCUUCUGACUUGAUGGUUAGUGUAAUAAAAAUGACAAUCUUAACCGUGUCAAA